UUUGUUUUUUUGGGUAGAAGAGGGUGGCCUAUAUGACUAUAACUAUGUGACCUGGGACGCCAGAGCGCUCAAAUUUUGUUCUUACCCUCUCUCUCUCUCUCUCUCUCUCUCUCGAUCCCGCCCUUUUGCGGAAGCUUGAGCAAUCGACAUGCAGAUCUUCGUGAAAACCCUAACCGGGAAAACUAUUACUCUCGAAGUUGAGAGUAGUGAUACAAUCGACAAUGUUAAGGCCAAAAUUCAGGAUAAGGAGGGUAUCCUCCCUGAUCAGCAGAGAUUGAUAUUUGCUGGGAAACAAUUGGAAGAUGGGCGUACUCUUGCAGAUUACAACAUCCAAAAGGAAUCAACCCUUCACUUGGUUCUGAGGCUUAGGGGUGGAACCAUGAUCAAGGUGAAGACCCUUACUGGAAAGGAAAUUGAGAUUGACAUUGAACCUACUGAUACAAUUGAUCGGAUCAAGGAGAGAGUUGAGGAGAAAGAAGGGAUUCCUCCGGUGCAACAAAGGCUCAUUUAUGCUGGUAAGCAGCUAGCAGAUGAUAAAACUGCCAAGGACUACAACAUCGAGGGUGGCUCUGUUCUUCAUCUUGUUCUUGCCCUUAGGGGUGGUCGUCUCUGAUGUUUCUCUUCCCUCUAAACUAUUUGACCUUUCCUGUGAGCUUGAUUUGAAUAUAUAUUCUAUGUCGUGUAAAAACGUGUGAGAUCUUGAAGGAAAACAAAUUUAGGCAA